CAUAAGGAAGCUUGAAGGCGGGCGCAGUCAAUCGAAGCAGUCUGUACUUGCAUGUGGGUUGGUUUGUACUGUGUGAAUUGUGAAUAGCUAAGCAGCUGCUGUGGGCUGAAAAGUGUUUUUUUUAGGUUAUGAAAUAGCACACUUCUGCCCCGACACAACUUCCCCUCUGGGUUCAAAGGUUGAUGAAUCCAGUGAAUGCUAAACAAGGUUGAAUUUUGACGUGAAAGGAACACCUUGAUUCUGUUCUAGCUUUCCUUAAGCUGCACCUCAAAAAGCUCAAAGGUUACACUCCCUUUAGUCAAUGAAUGACUGCCAGGACAUCAUCGAUGGAGUCUGUGUCUUUCCCACCGCUGUCCAGGGUUGCCGUUUGUGGUGGCACUCAUGGAAAUGAGAUGACAGGGGUUUACAUGGUGAGACAUUUGCAGAAAGAGAAGAUAGAUAAAAUUGGAUCUGUUUCUGUCUCCACUGUCCUGACAAACCCACGGGCUGUGGAGAUUUGCAGGAGAUACGUAGAAACCGACCUUAACCGCUGUUUCACAGAAGCCUUGCUAAAUUCCCCUGUAACAGAUUCAUCACCCUAUGAACUGAGGCGAGCUCAGGAGCUGAACGCUCAAAUUGGGCCCAAAGGAAGCAAAGAGGCCAUGGACCUGAUCAUAGACAUCCACAACACCACUUCCAACAUGGGCCUCUGCUUCAUCUUUUACUCCAUAGACUGGUUCACCCUGCACAUUCUCAAGUACCUACAGAGUAAAAUGGCUUCUGUGGAAGUUAGAGCAAUCCAGCUGGACAUACCGAUCGCUGAGGCUUAUUCUUUAGAAUCGGUCGGCAAGCAUGGCUUUGCAAUAGAGGCCGGCCCACAGCCCAAUGGUGUGGUCAGAGCAGAUAUCCAUAACAUGGUGAAAGAGGCAGUGGAUCAUAUAUUCAGUUGGCUUCAGGAAUUUAAUUCUGGAAGCACAUUUGAAGGGGGUGAAGUGGAAGCAUACACCUUGGUGAAAAGCAUAGAUUACCCGAGGAAUCCAGUUACUGGGGAAAUCACUGCUGCCAUACACUCCCAGUUACAGGAUAAUGACUUCAAGCUUCUGCAGCGGGGCAAUCCGAUAUUCAUGUCAUUUUCCGGGGAGACAGUGAAGUAUGAUGGCGAGGACCUCUACCCUUUCUUUGUCAAUGAGUGCGCCUACUACGAGAAGAAGAUCGCUUUUCAUUUAGCUCGAAAGAUAAAGUUGACACUCCCACCCAUAAAAGUGACAGGCUGAGAGUGCUAAAUUUAAAUAUCCCAAUUUUAAAUUAUAAUAAAGUAGGAAAUGAGAAUUAUUCUGAUCAUUUGAAAUAUGCAAAUGAACAAACGUGAUGUCAUGACUGACAAAUAUAAGGUGUCUAAAACAUAACUCCAUCCUCCAGUGCAGUACAGGAGCUCUGCUAGUCCCUCUGUUAAUAUGUAAAAUGAAGCUUAUUCGAGCUUUAUCUGAGUGGUGUGUUGCACAGGCUCUAGAGUUGGAGUCCACGCAUUUUAUGUUUUUUAAAGCUAAAUUUAACGUGCAGAAAUCCUUUUUGAAUGAAUGACUGAAUAAAUGAACAUGAAUGAAUUUUAACUAUAAUCUUCUUAGCAUUGUGUAUUUGAUUUGGGUUUACAUAAAAUAAAUGGAUCAGCUCAAUUAUCAGCAGGAAUAUGCUCAUCGGUCAGAGCAACUACAUGCUCCAGUGUGUUUAUCAAGUACACUUUACAACAUUGGUUUGUCCUAACGUUACACUGUGAGUGAUGAAAUGAUCAAUGAAAGAUGCAAAAGAAAUCUAUCAUAUUUAUCUACUGUGCUUAAAAAAGACUUUGAUGAUUUCAGUUGUCUCUGUAUACCUUACACACGUUUUUAAAUCUUUCAACAGACACUUUAUAACUGUGUUAAUGAAAAUUUGUUAUAAAUAAAGUUAAUUGUAUAAUACAA